AUGAGCGACACCAAUCCGAGUCUGCGCGCAUCCUGUGAGCGCUGCCGAGCCCACAAGCUGCGCUGUGUGCCUUCUAUAGCUGGUGACCCGACCAGCGCGUGCCAGCGCUGUGCAAAGGCAAAACUCCAGGGAUCUUGCAAAUACACUCAGCGAUUGAAGACCGGCCGGACCAGACUGCCUGGUGGUGGAGGGGAUGACGGCCAGCAGGAGGCUGAACCGCGCAAGUUGAGGCGCGUCGAACGAGAGUGCUUGACCCAGCCCCCAUUGCCGGGCAUGGGGACUUUUGCGCUGCAUGCGGCAUCCUCAUUAUCCCCUUCCUCUUCGACUUGUCCAUCUUCUUUCUCAUGCUCCUUGGAUUGUGUGGUUCCGCCACGGCCCUUUGCCAACUCGGACCAGGGGACGUUCGCAGAUGCGGAGUCAAUGGCCAUUGAUUCCUUUCCCUGGUAUGAAACCGGGUCAGACAUGGAGCAACCGGAUCUACAAGCGUUUCCUCCCCUGCUGCCCGAUUCCGACGAUGGUCUGAACGCGACGACGGGGAGUGUGGUGGACGAGUAUAUGGUGAGCUCGGUGCUGUCUGCCGAGUGGGACAGGGUCUUGCUACCUUUCGCUCAGCGCGGCGACGGCUUGGUCAAUGAUGAGAUCGGGCUGGCGAUGUCUGAUACGAAAGAGAAUAUGGCCACGCCGCAGCUGAAGGAUCACUUCAACACUCUGACUGGCUUGCUCGCCAAGAUGUCCCAUUACGAGACGCAGAUCUCACAAUUCUCGGCAUCCCCGCCGCUACAAGAUGGCGAGAGUCACAACGGUCACAAACUCGACAACUACCCCAUUGGAGAUGCUCUAUUUCUCUCCCAACGCUUCCACCAACUGGCUUCGGCGGCGGCCCAGGGCCACAACAAUUGUAAUCCAGAUGGCGACGACCAACAGCCAGUACCAGAGCUAGGGAAUCUCCAAACGCCUCUCUCCUGCGAUAUACCAACGAUGCUGCUCAUACUCUCCUGCUAUCUGAUGCUGACGCGGAUCUACUCGACAAUCUUCGACGACCUUCACGUCGCGCUGACUGAACUAGCGGAGCAGGUGCAGUGCGCUGCGCGAACCCACAGGCGAGAUUCCUCGCUAGAAGCAUUCCGCGAGGAGGCCAACAUGUAUAGGGGCCUGCGGCUGGUCCAGCUUCAACCGACCUGCGUCUGCGUGGACUCUCCCAGCAGAGAGACGGCGACGCGAGCUCAUAGAGCCGUUGCGGUUCUGUUGGGCUCGUUGGGCUUGGCCGAGGCCGCCUUGGAACUACCGAGUGACAUUCGCAUUCUGGCUGGGUCAAAGAACUGCGGGUAUGAAGAGGAGCCACUGGUCAAGGAAGGCGGCACAAUCAAUGGCACAAGUUCCAAUGGGUCAGGAUCGAUCUGCAAGCUGAUGAACGAGCAUUUCUUAUAUGGAACAAUGCAGAAACAGGCUCGACAGCUGCAGCAAAAGAUAGACGAGCUUAAGCAAUUGCUGCAGGACUUGCUCAAUGUGUAUUGA